AUGUCGACAGAUGCAACAAUGUUGGCAGCGCCGGCUAAAGUAAGGGUCGAGGACUGGGAUGACUGGAUGGUAAUGGAGAUAGAAGCAGAAAUGGAGGGGGAGGAUGAGGAAGAUUGCGAGUAUGAAAACUAUCUGGAUCAGUCAGACGGCCUUCUAAAAUACGAUGACGUCCACUUCGGAAAGAUUUCACCAUACUUCACAUUCUUGACGGGCGAGGACAAUUUCGAUGCUUGGUUGAACGCAGUCACCGAAUGCCUGAGUUCUCACGGGCUGAUGGGGUUGAUCAGCGAAUCAAGCCCGCGACCUCUAUUCCUGAACAAUGAGAGCCGAAAUUGGGUGCGUUUAUCAACGAAGACUGCUCGCUGGAUGCAAAGCAGCAUGAAUCGCGCCCUCCGUAUCAGGCUCGAGGGUAUGGGUGAACGCUGCACCUACGCAGAUGCCGUCAUGAGAAGCGCCAAACUACUCGUGCAAGGAACGAAAUCUCAAGCAGAUGCAAAGAGGAUCAAAGAGUUCGUCCAACUCAAGCCUACGGACUUUGAUCUCCCAGUCAAAUAA